GAGGAGGAGGAGAAGGCGGUGGGGGCGGUGGCAGCAGAGAGGAGGGUGGCUCGUGGAGACAGAAGAGUGAGGGAGAGCGGCAGGGUGAUCCUCCCAGGGACGCACGCGGAGGAGGAGGAGGGGGAGGAGGAGGAGGAGGCGGUCGCUCAGAUGACUACGGUAGAGGUUACAGAGACGAUGACAAGAGAAGGGGAGAACCUUACUACAGGAGGGAAGCUGACAGCAGGAGGGACGACUACAGAGGAGGAGGAGGAGGAGGAGGAGGAGGAGGAGGCCGUGGCAGGGAUUUCAGAGACCAGCGAGACGGCAACAGAGACUACAGAGAGGGAAGCAGGGAUUACAGGGGCGCGCGCGAUGGCGGCGGCGGCGGCGGCGGCGGCGGCGGCGGCGGCGGCAGAGACUACAGGGAAUCGAGGGAGUCUUCCUACCGCGACUACCGCGAAAAUGUGAACCGCGACUACAGGGACUCGGGAACCCAGCGCCAGCGCGACAGAGACCAGCGCGAGACCUACAGGGACGCGCGGGAGGGCGGCGGCAGCGGCGGAGGCGGAGGAGGCGGAGGCGGUUACAGGGACGAGAGAGACUACCAGGCACGUGGCGCGGGAGAGAGGAGGGGAGGAGAGCGAGAGCCCCCGAGAGCGGAGGAGGCACAGCCCGUGGAUAUGCACUCUCAGAACAAGUUCGAAAGUCUGAACGGCCUGGAGAAUGAGUAAACGUCUGACUCGGCAGCAGAAACAACACCACCAUCAUCACCAGUAGCAGCCAGCAGCAUUGUAGCAGCCACCACCAUCAUCACCAGCAGCCUCAGCGCAGAGCGCAACCACCACCAUCAUCACCAGUAGUAGCAGCAGCAGCAUCACCACCAUCAUCACCAGUAGCAGCAGCAGCAUCACCACGAUCGUAAUCGGUAGCAGCAGCAGCAGCAGCACCAUCACC